GCAGAAUAUUGGAUUGAGGCAGACACUCUGAGGUUGAAGAAUCGCGGCGAUGGCGACUUGGCUCUUCUACCGGACGGAUUGAAAGUGGCCUCGGAUAUGACUUGUAGGUAUUUCUUAAAGUGUAGUUUAUUGCAAACCCGGUGCACGGAUCUUCAAUUGAAUGAUUUGGCAUUUCCAUUCUCAUUGCUUUAUACAUGAAUUCAAUGUCUUCACUCUAAGUCACAUUUUCACAACGGGAUCAUCAGGAUAGCACCUCAUCUGUUGCUAGUUCUCUUUGACUGAGAUUUUGGGGUCAAGUGAGGAAGGCAUGUGUUCCUUGUCCAGUGACCCACACUCCUUCACAGGGGCUAUGGAGGAGGAGGGGCAGGAGAGCAUGGAAUGUAUCCAGGCCAAUCAGAUCUUCCCCAGGAAGCCCCCAGUCCUGGAGGAGGAGAGCCUGCAGGUGCCCUUUCCCGAGCUGCAUGGCGAGUUCACAGAGUACGUGGGUAGAGCGGAGGAUGCCAUCAUCGCCAUGUCCAGAUACCGCCUCCACAUCAAAUUCAAAGAGUCCAUCGUCAACAGUGAGAGUUGUGAGGUGUCAGUCCCUCUGCAGCUCAUAGAGACUGUGGAGUGUCGUGACAUGUUCCAGCUCCAUGUCACCUGCAAGGACUGUAAGGUCAUCAGGUGUCAGUUCUCUACAUUGGAGCAGUGUCAGGUGUGGCUGAAGCGGCUGAGUGCUGCGGUCCGGCCCCCGUCUCUCCUGGAGGACCUCUUCUCCUUCGCCUUCCAUGCCUGGUGUGUGGGCGUUUACGCUGGGGAGAAGGAGCAGCAGGGGGAGCUGUGCAGGCCAGGAGAGCAUGUGACCUCCUGGUUCAAGAACGAGGUGGAGAGGAUGGGCUUUGACACUCAAAACGCCUGGAGGAUAUCUGACAUCAACAGCAAGUUCAGGCUAUGCUCUAGCUAUCCGCAGCAGCUCCUGGUGCCAGCCUGGAUCACAGACAAGGAGCUGGAGAAUGUGGCAGCCUUCCGCUCCUGGAAGAGAUUCCCGGCUGUGGUGUUCAGGCACCAGAGCACGGGGGCUGUGAUCGCCCGCUGCGGCCAGCCGGAGGUCAGCUGGUGGGGCUGGAGGAAUGCAGACGACGAGCACCUGGUCCAGUCCAUCGCUAAGGCCUGUGCUGUAGAUGGCAGCUCCCGUAAACACCUGGCCAUCGGAUCCUACACCAACGGAACCAAUGAAAUCAACGGCACCAAUGACCUCGUCGACACAGACUUCGAAUCGUCCCUGACGAACAGCUCGGAGGUGGAGACACUGGCCAUCCAGCCACAAAAGCUGUUGAUCCUGGAUGCCAGGUCCUAUGCAGCGGCUGUGGCCAACAGAGCCAAGGGAGGGGGCUGUGAAUGCCCAGAGUACUACCCCAACUGUGAGGUGGUGUUCAUGGGCAUGGCCAACAUCCACUCCAUCCGCAAGAGUUUCCAGUCCCUGCGUUUCCUCUGCACCCAGAUGCCCGACCCGGCCAACUGGCUGUCUGCUCUGGAGAGCACCAAGUGGCUGCAGCACCUGUCUCUGCUGCUGAAGGCGGCCCUGCUAGUGGUGAACGCUGUGGACCGCGACCACAGGCCCGUUUUGGUGCACUGCUCUGACGGAUGGGACCGCACGCCCCAGAUCGCCGCCCUGUCCAAGCUGCUGCUGGACCCAUACUACCGCACCAUUGAGGGUUUCCAGGUGCUGGUGGAGACUGAGUGGCUGGACUUUGGUCAUAAGUUUGCUGACCGCUGUGGCCACGGGGAGAAUUCGGAGGAUCUGAACGAGCGCUGCCCGGUGUUCCUGCAGUGGCUGGACUGUGUGCACCAGCUGCAAAGACAGUUCCCAUGCUCCUUUGAGUUCAAUGAGGCUUUUCUGGUGAAAAUGGUGCAGCACUCCUACUCCUGUCUGUUUGGCACCUUCCUGUGCAACAGUGGGAAGGAGAGAGAGGACAGGCGCGUUCGGGAGAGGACUUGCUCCGUGUGGUCACUGCUGCGACCAGCCAACCGCGUCUUGAGGAACAUGCUCUACUCCUCCCACUCCGAGACUGUGCUCCACCCUGUGUGUCACGUGCGUAACCUGUUGCUCUGGACGGCAGUCUACCUGCCCAGCUCCUCCCCCACCACCCCCUCUGAUGAGUCGUGUGCACCGUAUCCUGUGGUGUCAGGUGCCAACACAGAAGACACACCCCUGGGCAGACGUCCGAAGACCCGUUCCUUCGAUAACUUGCCCAGCGCCUGUGAGCUGGGGAGCUCGCUGGCCCCAAACCGGCGCUCCAGUGACCCGAGCCUGAAUGAGAAGUGGCAGGACCACCGGCGCUCUCUGGAGCUCAACAUUGCUGUGGGGCCCGACACAGGGGGAGCUCAGGAACAGGAUGGGCGGGCUAACGGCCAGCCUAUAGCAGCAGGGCCUCAGGCAGGCAUGGACGACUCUGAGCUGGAGGACAGCCCUGAAGGCCAGCAGACUGAGCUGAGAGACGGAGCCUCCAAGGGGUCAGUAGCAGCAGGAGAAGAGCUGUCAAUUGAGCUAGCUGUGGCAGAGGGACAGAUGGAGAACAUUCUCCAGGAGGCAACGAAGGAGGAAGCUGGUGCUGAGGCUCAGCGAGAGGUUAACGCUACUGCUGCCGUGGCUCAAUCUCCGAUCGAUGCUAAUGGAACAGAGACUGAGAAAGAGGUCAAGGAAAGUGAUGCUGAGACUGAUAAACAAGCUAACGCCAAUGGGGCUGAGACUACUAUAACUAAUGGUCAUCACCCAGGGAAUGGCACAGAUGAGCCUGAAGAGUCUGGUGUGUCUCCAGCCAGUCCCCCCCUACCCACCGAUGUGUCCACAGAUUUUCCAGAGGAGCAGGAGGCCCUAGAGAGGCGGGAGUCAGAGGAGCUGGUGGAGCAGGUUCUGGAGAACUGUACUGCCCAGGAGGAGCCAGAACACAACCCUACCCCCAGCACAGCCCAGCCAGCCCCCGCUGCCCCUAGAACUUUUACCAAUGGCUUUGGAGAGAGGACACCAGAGGAGCCAGAGACAGCUGUGUAUCUCCUCCCACUAGAGCCUGAGUCCAGCAGACACCACUCAGAGGCCCUGGUGCAGGCAGACCAGAGGUCUUCCCUCAUGGAGAGUUCCACAGAGACUCUGACUGAAGAGACCUGCAGCAGGCCAGAGGCCCCAGUGCAGGCACCCAUCUGCCCAGGCCCCCAGCCCCGCACUGAAGGCAGGAGCCAACUUUCCUGUCUCAGGAGAGUGAACGGGGAGGCAGAGCCAGAGCAGGGGGCAUCCAGGACUUUAAAUGGAGGACUCAAGCGGCCCUCUGUCAGUGCCUUCCAGUCUUUGAGUGCUGAGCCCAGCAGGGAGAGUCUAUGUAAUGGCGAGAGCUCAGAGGGGGAGCCCUGCGGUGGCCCUCACUGGGCCAAGGUGAAUGGGGAGCGGGCCCAACUGAGCCGCCAGGUCUCCCUGGCCUCCUGCAGCUCCCUGACCCUCCAUCGCCGGGGCAGCUGCUCCCAGCACCGCUGCCUCCACACCUUACUGGGGCGCCGCGCCGCCACGCCCAGCCCCGAACAGCCGACCCGCAGUCACCUGGACGACGACGGGCUGACGCUGCACAUGGACACCAUCCAGCAGCGGCUGAGGCAGAUUGAAGCAGGCCACCAGAUGGAGGUGGAUAUGCUGAAGAAGCAGGUGCAGGAGCUGUGGAGCCGCCUGGAGAGUCAUCACCACGCAGCGUCCCUCAGGAUCAACGGAGACAUCGGAGACGAAGUGACCUCAAUGACAGACUCGGAGUGUAACCUGGACGCUAACUGCCUGUCGCGCUGCAGCACGGAGCUCUUCUCCGAGGCUAGCUGGGAGCAGGUGGAUAAGAAUGACACGGAGGUGACCCGCUGGUACCCGGACCACUUGGCAGCUCAGUGCUACGGGUGUGAGAGUAGGUUCUGGCUCGCCACCAGGAAGCAUCACUGCAGUGACAGGGAGCAUGUCCAAGAGGCCUGGAACUGUGGGAAUGUGUUCUGUGCCAGCUGCUGCGACCAGAAGAUCCCUGUGCCAAGCCAGCAGCUGUUUGAGCCCACUCGUGUGUGUAAGACCUGCUAUGGCAGCCUCCAGAUCAAUACAACUCCCAACCCCAUGGAGCUGGAGGAACCAAUCAGAGCCAGCUCCAACUGAGGACCUGGGAGGGGCGGGGUCUGCCAGCCAGCCAGCCACUGACACAGCCAGGCACACAGCUGAGAAGCCCAAGGAGCUGCAGAAUGUCCCGUGUGUGUGUGUUGCAAAAUAUGGAUUUUCAUGUAUAUAGGCCUGCAAUGCCGGAUGUAGUGGAGAAGGUGAAUUAGGUAUUUUUUGUGAGAUGCUAAGCACUUUGAAUGGUGGUUAUGCACAGGAAUGAGUAAAUGGGCAGACAUAUGGAGGGAGGGGGUGUGUGUGACAACAGACAGGACUGCUGGUAGUGUUGGUGGAGGCACUGCGAUGGAGUGAGGAUAGCCUGCCUGGUCCCACUGGCCAGGGGGGGGGCACAAGAGUGUCAUCUCUGAAUGAUGCUGCAAAGUCUGAUGGCUUGUGUUCAUCUGAAACAUUUUAAAAAAUGUAUUUUUUACCCCCACUCACAUUCUUCUUCUGAUGAGAAGUACCAUCAUCCAUCCUCUAGUAAAAACUCCAGUGCUUCAGGAACCUCUUCCGGUGUCCAGAAUAGUGCUGGACUGUGAUGGCAAGACCUUUCAACGACAUCUGGGGAACACCUGGAUGAACUUGGGCAGAAUUCUAACUUGAGUUAUGUGUCUGAGGUUGGGACUCUACCCUAAGCAGGGAGAGGAUUUGUGAGCCACUGAUAUCUAACAAGUGUUAGUUUGAAUGGCAUCAAGGUAUGAAUCCUCACCUAGCUGGUUUCACUUUGCCCUCUCUUGGUGUGAAUAGGUGCCAUAAACCGAUAACAGACCGUGUGGAUCAGGGGUCAGCAAGCCUGUUCCUGGAGUGACGCAAAUAUGGCAGGAUUUUGUUCCAACUAGGCACCACGCCUGACCAACUGAGCUAAUUGAUCAGUUCAAUGGUUGACUAAAUUAAACACACCUGGUCUUCCGGGUCGGUUAAAUCAAACAUGAAGUGCCUGCGGCCCUCCAGGACCAGGGUUACCUACUCCUGGUGUUGAUAAUGUUGACAGCUGGUAUUAUGACAGACAGCAAUUCAGCACUGGCUCUCUCUUACACACGGAGUCCCUGACUGGAAAGAGCAUCUGAUCGGAAUGACAGCACGGUGGCGUUGUCACUUGAUAUCAAAUACAUAAUACGCUCAUGUCUGCCAGGGAGAGGCUGUGGAAAUUAACUCGUUAACUUUGCCUUCAUGCCCUUCACUUAAAAUUAGGAUGACCCCCCUCCUAAUUUACCCAGCAGGCACUGGGACCAUGGUGGUGCUGAAGUGGACAUGACAUCAUGUUCCAUCCAUCACAAUCACGGUUUAAUAGGAAGUGAUGUAAUGGUUGUCACUAAGGGAUGUGCUUCUGUCAUGUUUCUGCAUCAGUUUCCUCCUGUAAUGGCAGGAACUCAUUUAACAAUAUGUCCUUGUUAGCAGGAGGGGUGAACUAAUUACCCAACACUGACUGCUUAGUUACUCUUUUGCUAUUUGUUGAACAUUAAUUUUUAUUGUAGGGUGUUCAUUAGAGCCAUAAAUGCAUCACAACGUGUCCCUUUGAACAUCCUCAUAGCCACCCUUGCAUCAUGUCCUAUAUAAACCAAGGAAGUGCUGGAUAGUACAAGGUGAUGAAAUGUAUAGUACAGCGUCUGUGUGGAACUUCCAGUGACACUAGAGGGCACACUUCUCCUGGCUGGUUAGUGCAGUCUUCACCAGCUGAAAUGAGAUGAGUAGCUUCAUUUAUCUCCUCAGACACACCUUACCCUGCCCAAGGGCCAUUCAAUGACCUCCUCGCAGAUACAUUUUUGUAAAAUAAAUGAAUAAAUAAUAAAUGAAAUAAUAUAUUCACAUAAGUAUAUACCAUUAAAGAAACUGUAUAGAAUCCUUGAGUAGUGGUUCACUAAAUUAGUCAGCAAGUGUUUUUGUUUUUUUUGUUUUUUUUCCAUGUGGGUUUUUUUUGGUAAUUUUUCUUUUUGUUGUUGAUUGCAGAAAAAACGAAGAUGGAUUUUUUUUUUUCAGAGGACAUGGUGUUCCUUUUUUUGAUGCUGCCAUGGUGUUACCUUUUUAAUGCUAUCACUACCUUUUUUUUUUCAUUAUUUAUUGACUUUUUAUUUUAUUUUAAUUUUUGUCUCAAAUUUAGACAAUUGGAUUGCCACAGGAUAAUCAGCGUUUAUCAGUAGUGGAUCUGAAGGGCCAUGAGAAGAUGACCCAAAUCAAUAAGAGAUGGCCUAUACUCUGACACACUGGUGGUCCAAAACAAGCAACCCUUGCUAUACCCCCACUCAUAAUACAUAUACACACUACCUCUACCAUACACAGAUCCAGACAGAAAGUCCACACGUACAUGGACACAGAGAUCGUCUCCCUGCCCUCGCAGUAGUUCAGAUUUGCUUUUCAGGUGUUCAGUCAAGAAUAACCUUUUUGUUAUUGAUUUAGUGUUUUACAAGCUAUCAGUUGGAACAUUAAAAGUACAAAAUACCCUAGACUAGAUCCUGCUCAAGACUGCCAAUCAUUAAUACUGACACCUGUUGUACUAGCAAGGACACCUAAUUGAGUUGCAGGAUUUCAGCAAAUUUGGUUAUAAUUCGCACAUCUCUAUCAGAUCAGCCAGCCUAUGUGCAAAAGGGCCACUGUAUAGUUUGGACAGCCAUUUUGUGAACUAUUUGAGGGACAACUCGGGACUGUUGAUUUCUUUCAAUGCCCUUUUGAAUCGCUUUUAGCAUAUGUGUUUCAAUGGGCUGAGCGGAGUAGUCCAUAGCUUCAGAUCUCGAUGCCAUGCAGGUCUUUUUGGUUAUCAUUUCCCAAACUGAGGUUUGACAUUGAGGGCUACAUGAGGUCCAAAGUAAUGUCUGGCCACUAAUUUACUUCUGGCUUCCAACUGUGUCCCUGCCGCCCUCUGCCAUGUCGAGGACGAAGCUAGUGGGUAUAGGGCCGUUUCACCAUCACAUGCAUGAUGGGCACCAAACUUGUCAAUCCAACAAUCCAUGAAUGUGAAUGGUAAAAAUAUUUAAGUGACAAUGUUUUUGCGCAGCAUUUACGUUUAUCAGAGUAUACACUGCCACAGAAAUACAUUGAAUAAUAAAGCUGAAAAUGAAAGUCUGCUGUUCUCGUCAGUAUUAUGUUACCCACAGAGGGACUCAUGAGGAAUGAGCCUGUUUUUCUUUCGGUGCUGUUGUGGGGCAUGGCUGGAUGUGAUGGCAAUAUGUGGUAGAGGUUGUAUUUUCCGCAUUGUCUGUCUGGAGGAUCUCUUGCUACUCUUUGACCAGUUGGAGUUUUUAGGGAUCUUUGGUCUUUUGCUUAUUACUGUUCGCUGUCCAUCAAGUAGUUCCUUGUACGACGCAUCGCUUCAAUGACCCGGUAAACAGGUGUAAAUGCAAGUGUGUUUGGGAAGGUGUACGAGAUUGUGUCUCUCUGUCGGAGGGAGACUGGUGCCAAGCAGUUUUAACACAGUUCUGAAACAAAGGGAUCACGUAUGUGCUUUUCGUUUCCACCUUUUCCCUUCUCUUUAACAAACACUUUCAACCUUCUCAUGUUCUGUCCAAGAAGAAUUUUAUAGCUGUUUCCUGGAACAGGACAUAGCUGUUUAUUAUCUAUUUUGUUUUGUUGAAUUUGCUUUAAAGAGAAUUACAUUGAUGUAGAAUUUAAAGUAAAAUAAAAUGGGCUAUUUCCAUCUAUCAUUUGCUAGCCGGAAUCAUUUCUCAUGCAAAAGUUAAUGAUAUGUAAACUGUAUGGUAUAAAAUAAUUAAAAAUGCAUCUUGACACAU